AUGAUCGAGGUUCUCUAUAGCACCCCAACCCUUACGCAGGGUUCGGGCAUGCCGUUCACCAGAGAGGAUCACAGGAGGAAGGAAACGAGUCUUAUGCGGUCAGGAAAGCGAGUUCCACGCCGGUCUCAAACCUUCCAGGAAUACCACAUCCCACAACCUCCCCUCUUUACCCUCCACACCAUCCAACAGCUUCCCGAAGAAGAUUUCGUCAAGCUGCCGAUCGUGUCCGUGAAGGAGAGGAGCCAGGCCAAGCCGACAGAAGAGAAGGCAGUCACAGUACAACGCAGACCUGCGUUGGGCCCUCCUCGUCGGUCCUACUCUGUCACAGAUCGUUUGCCAUUGCCCGUGCCAUCAGCAGGCAAGCUCUUGCUCGAUCUGCCACCGGAACUUCACAUGGCCAUCUUCGAUUUUCUCGACCCUAUCGACAGCACCUGUUUCGGGUUGACCAACAAGCACUUCUACGCGAUCCACCGGCGAAUGCACGGGACCGUUCCGCUCAGGACGCGGCGGGAGGGUCCAAACGAACUGGAGUGGGCAUGGCAUCUCGCAGGCAUGGUCAGGAAAUCGGCACCAUCCUCGCCGGUGGAGGAGAAGAGCGAGGAGGAGAGCAAGAAGUCUCUGUCGCUGUCGCAGCUCCGGGUCCGUGGCCAGGCAUACUGCAGAAAAUGCGGCGUCACGCGGUGCCAACUGCAUAAGCACAUCCAGGAGUGGAUGGGCGAAAACAUGGAGUACUGCUCCAUCAGGGAGAAGUUUGGGCCGAUUGCGCCCGAGGGUGCCAAGUCAUAUUGCUAUAUGAGCAAGCCUGGCGACAAGACACGGUGUGGGAGACACUUUGUGCGGAAGUCGAAGGUGGUUUUGCAAUGA